CUAUGCAUAAAAAAAAAAAUAAAAAAAAGCUAGUAUAAAAGAGGUUGGUUGGGUGUGUGACUAGGGCAAGGCCAAAAUGGGGCAUAACGGUGGCGUUGCUAACUUGAAGAACGCUCUAAUAGCGUUGCUGGCACCUCUUCCCUCCAUACUUUUCUAUCUCUCCUUCCUUCACCAUGGUACUCUUGCUGAAGACGAUUUUCUCUCUCCUCUGUGGAUGUGGUGCUAUAACCACCCUCUCCUAUUGGCCAAUGUCCUCUUCUUCAUCAACGUUAACCUCCUCUUCUGGAUCAUUGGUCUCAUCCAGUCAAACCAUUGGAUGAUUGAUCCAUAUUGGACUGUUAUACCAGUCUUGCUUGUUCAUUACUAUGCAACUCACCCUCUCGCUCAAUACAACGCUUUGAGGUCGAAGAUUGUGAUCUUGUUGACUUGGGUUUGGAGUACCAGGCUCAGUCAUAACUACUUCCGCCGAGAAAAGUGGCAGUGGGGUGCCAGAGAAGACUGGAGAUUCUCCGAUAUGCGCCAUCAAUACGGCAAAAACUGGUGGUGGGUUUCCUUCUUUUCGGUCUAUCUCUCUCAGCAGGUGUUUUUGAUUGGAGUAUGCCUUCCAUUUUAUGUCGUCCACUCCAUCAAUGAGCCAUGGAAUCUUUGGGAUGUUGUGGCGACAGUGAUCUGUCUGUCUGGUAUUGUUGUUGCCUAUUUUGCUGACACACAACUUCACAGUUUUGUGAGUAGAAAUGAGAAAGUAAAAGAACUUGGCAAGCCAGUGGUUGUCAAUCUUGACAAGGGCCUAUGGAGGUACUCUCGGCAUCCAAACUACUUUGGAGAGCAGUUAUGGUGGUGGGGACUGGUCGUCUUCGGAUGGAAUUUGGGUUGUGGCUGGAUCUUUGUUGGGGCACUCAUAAACAGCAUGUGUUUAGCAUAUGUCACCAUGCUUGUGGAGAAGCGCAUGCUAAACCAAGAUUACAGAGCUGAAGCAUACAGGCAGUAUCAGAAGACCACAUCAGUAUGGAUUCCUUGGUUCAAGUCAUCUCCAAAGGGAGGAAAGGAUAAAAACAGUUGAUUCGUUGUUUCUUCUGGUGUGCCUUCCUUUAUUACAUGUACCUUCUUUUAUGCAUUUAGUUGUGUUCCUAUCUUGAUAAGGUCAGUAUUUGUUCAUGUACUCUGUUGUUAAUUUGGAAGAAGGGAGAAUGUUAUUCGAGUGUAGCCACAUGGUUCGUUAUAUGAAAUUGUAUAAAUCUUUCCUGCAUUUACGAAAGCA